AUGUCCGCGGGCGCGCUGUCCGGCUUCUGCCAGGUGCUGGCCGAGCAGCCCUUCGACACGAUCAAGGUGCGCCUGCAGUCGCGGGCCCUGGCCUUCGACGCCUUCCUCGGCCCGGCGGCGCUCGUCCGCCACACCUACGCCGCCGAGGGCACGCGGGCCUUCUUCCAGGGCGUGACGCCGCGGCUCGCGACCUACAGCGGCGUCAAGGCGUCGCUCUUCGCGCUCUUCGAGGCCUUCCGGGAAAAGACCGGCAGCGUCGCCCUCGCGGGCGCGGCCGCGGGCGGGCUCAACACGGCGAUCAGCUGCCCCCAGGACGUGCUCAAGAGCCGGCUCCAGGUCCAGGUCGCCUCCGGGCCGGGCCACUACCUCGGGCCCCUCGCGACGGCGAAGCUGUUGCUCGAGGCGCGCGGCGUCGCGGCGUUCUACGCGGGCUGGCUGCCGCUCGUCUGCCGCGACGUGCCGGGCUACGCGCUCCUCUACAGCGUCUACGUCGCCGGCACGGAGCGGCGCCUGCCGACGGCGCUCGUCGGCGCCGCGUCGGGUUUGGCGUUCUACGUGAGCACGCUGCCCGUGGACCGCGUCAAGACGGUCAUGAUGACGCAGCCCCUGGACCGGCCGGCCUUUUCCAGCGCCCGCGCGGCGUUCCUGGAGAUCUACGCCGCCAACGGCAUCCUCGGCUUCUACCGCGGCUGCGGCCCGACGCUCGCGCGGACCGCGUGCGGCCAGGCCGUCGCGCUCUCCGUCUACGACUGGGCGUCGCGGCGGGCGCGGUAA